CUCCCGAGAGCCAGCCGGCCUCUGCCCCCAUGGGUCUGUUCCAAGGUGUCAUGCAGAAAUACAACCGAAACAAGACCUCCCAGCUGGCCCUUUUUCAAACUCUGCGGCCCCCACCCCCUUGGUGCUGCCAGUGAGGUUUGACUGUGUGGAGAAGGGAGACCCAGGUCCUGGUCUCAGCGCUGCUGCCGCUUCCUGUGUGACUGCCCGUGAGUCGCCGCGCCUCUCUGAGUCGCCCUUCUCUGUGAGAGAGGCUGGAGAGGACAGAGUGGCCUCCAGGAUCCGGUGCAGCUCCUUAGUCUCUGAUGGCUUGACACCGCAGCAGCCACCCCCACCUUCAGGGCGGGGACUUUGGCUGAGCUCAUAGAGAAGCCGUCAGCUGGUGCUCCUGAGAGCUCCAGGGUCUUUGCACCACAGCUUGGAGGCGACCCAAGCUGGGCAGCGGGUCCUGAGAGUGUUCUCGUGACACUGCACACCCCCAAGGCCACGAGAACAGCCAGCCCACUUCCCUUUCGCUCCGGCUGGGGUCCCCCAGCAGACCUUCCAGGGAGACGGAACACAUACCCCACGGGGGCUUUUCCUGAUGCCAACAGGGGCUGCUCUGGCCGCUCAUAAGAGGAAUUCAUCAAGGCCCAUGGACCCUGUGCUAAAGGUCAUCAAGGAAGACGAUGAAGAGGCCUUGAAGGCUAUGAUCAAGGCGGGGAAGAACCUCACAGAGCCCAACAAGGACGGCUGGCUGCCGCUGCACGAGGCGGCCUACUACGGCCAGCUGAGCUGCCUGAAGGCCCUGCAGCGAGCAUAUCCAGCAACCAUCGACCAGCGCACCCUGCAGGAGGAAACGGCCCUUUACCUGGCUACAUGCAGGGGACACCUGGACUGUCUCCAAUCCCUGCUCCAGGCUGGGGCUGAGCCCGACAUCUCCAACAAGUCACGAGAGACACCACUCUACAAAGCUUGCGAGCGCAAGAACGUGGAUGCAGUGAGGAUCCUCGUGCAGUACCAUGCAGACACCAACCAUCGCUGCAACCGAGGCUGGACGGCUCUGCACGAGUCUGUUUCUCGCAAUGACCUGGAGGUCAUGGAGAUCCUGGUGAGCGGAGGCGCCAAGGUGGAAUCCAAGAAUGCCUACGGCAUCACCCCCUUGUUUGUGGCUGCCCAGAGUGGGCAGCUGGAGGCGCUGAGAUUCCUGGCCAAGCACGGCGCUGAUAUCAACACGCAGGCCAGCGACAGCGCCUCGGCCCUCUACGAGGCCUGCAAGAACGAGCACGAGCUGGUGGUGGAGUUUCUGCUGUCGCAGGGCGCCGACGCCAACAAAGCCAACAAGGACGGCAUGCUCCCGCUGCACGUGGCCUCCAAGAAGGGUAACUACAGGAUCGUGCAGAUGCUGCUGCCGGUGACCAGCCGCACGCGCGUGCGCCGGAGCGGCAUCAGCCCGCUGCACCUAGCGGCCGAGCGCAACAACGACGCGGUGCUCGAGACGCUGCUGGGCGCGCGCUUCGACGUGAACGCGCCGCUGGCGCCCGAGCGCGCGCGCCUCUACGAGGACCGCCGCAGCUCCGCGCUCUACUUCGCGGUGGUCAACAACAACGUGUAUGCCACCGAGCUGCUGCUGCUGGCCGGCGCCGACCCUAACCGCGACGUCAUCAACCCCCUGCUCGUGGCCAUCCGCCACGGCUGCCUGCGCACCAUGCAGCUGCUGCUAGACCACGGCGCCAACAUCGACGCCUACAUCGCCACACACCCGACCGCCUUCCCCGCCACGAUCAUGUUCGCCAUGAAGUACCUGUCGCUGCUCAAGUUCCUCAUGGACCUCGGCUGCAACGGCGAGUCCUGCUUCUCGUGCCAGUACGGCAACGGCCCACACCCGCCCGCCCCGCCACCCUCUAACAGGUUCAACGACGUGCCCGCUGGCGACAAGGCGCCCAGCGUGGUCCAGUUCUGUGAGAUCCUGUCUGCCCCCGAGGUGAGCCGCUGGGCAGGGCCCAUCAUCGACAUCCUUCUGGACUAUGUGGGCAACGUGCAGCUCUGCUCACGCCUGAAAGAGCACAUCGACAGCUUUGAGGACUGGGCCGUCAUCAGGGAGAAGGCAGAACCUCCGAGACCUCUGGUUCACCUUUGCCGGCUGCAAGUUCGAAAGGCCAUUGGGAAGUAUCGUAUAAAACUCCUGGACACAUUGCCACUCCCAGGCAGACUGAUUAGAUACCUGAAGUAUGAGAGUACUCAGUAACCAGGGCACGUGGACAAGAGGUGCACCUCAGACUGUCUCACUAAAUCUCAGGACGGCGGUGUCCCCACAUCCAUGGGAACCUGGUGACAGAUGAGGCUGUGGCUUGAUCCCCCUGAGCUGGGGCAGCCACCGUGACUCACCAGGUCUCUGGGCCAGAGCUGUGCCCAGAGCAGAGAAUGGAAUGUGUCAAGUAGGAGAAAAAUCAUGUUUGUUUUUAAAUGGAUGAGUAGAUCCAAGACCUUCUCUGCCACCCAGAAUGGCAGGAACCUCCAUUCCUGGAGCAGGAGAGUCUGGCAGGGCGGAACUUGGGGUGGGCCGAGGCUGGAGCUCUUUCAGGGGUGAGCCUGCCUUUCCUGGACAGCCUCCCUGCAAAGCGGGCCCUUGCCCCUUCCUCUUUGCUCUCUGAAACUCUCCACUUGACUUCUGAGCUUUCUCCCUGAAGAUGUUGCCUGGUGGCGGGUGGGGAGACCCUCGAUCCUAGAGGGCUUUCUUUAAUACAAUAAAUGUUGCACAGAU